UCGAGAAAGCAACAUCAACAUUUCGGUAGUGAAGUUUUGAAGGUUUUAGGUCUCUUGUGUGAAUAUGUGAUUUGAGUGGUGUUACGCAAGGAAAUCUUACGAUUAUUGAAAAUCUAUCAGUGAAUGAAGUGAUUUGUUGGAAGGAAAAACAUGAAAAUGGAAAGCAAACUAGUGAUUUUGGUUGGGAUGCUGGUGGCUAUGGGACUAUGUGUAUCAGGAUUUACGAUUCGCGAAAAAACUCUGAAGGAGGAUUUCACGCCUUAUCUGCAGACUCUGGAUGCUUACCGUCAACGCCUUCAAAAUCAAGGAUUAUAUCCCAAAACGGACAAUCAAAAUCAAGAUGUCUCAGCCAGCUCAAACGGGUUAAGCUUCGACGAGUUGGAAGUUAUCCGGUUGAUUCCGGUAACAAUUAAGCAACUGCGUCAGGGUUUAUUGUCUUCGGAAGAGCGCCUGGCGCUUGAAAAGAUUUUUGGAAACCUGUGGGAGAUGAUCUCGGAUGAUGCUAAUCGUCGGAAGUUUGAGCCAAGAAACUCUCUCCUAGAGACGCUGUUAGGUUCUCAAGAAGUUCGUCUCGGAAAGCAGGAUAUCCGCAAACAACUCAGCAACGACUUGGAUGGAAACUCCAUACAAAAGGUCUUCAAGCCGGAAGACACCCGAUCAAUCCAGGUAACUGACGACACCACAGUUGAACCGUCUCAACGAAUUAUUCGUAUGGUCGCUGCCAUCAUUCGGAAGCGCUACCGAGAAAGUCUGCAGCCCCACAAACGCACAAGCAGUUCUCACCGCGCCAAACGAUCCAGCCACAUCAAUCUGCAAAACGUUAAAGUCACCAUCCACGUGCCCCGUGCCAAACGCUCAAUCUUCCCGGCAAUCUCGAUGCACGGUCUAACGGCCGAGGAGAAACGUCGCGUCGAAGAAGCCAACGAAGCCGCUAUCAUGGCAGCCGUCAUGGCCCAGAUCGGCAACGGUCUAGACGAAGACGAGGACGAGGAAGACGAUGACGACGACAACGAGAACGCUGUUGGCAACGAUGCAGAAGACGAUGAAGAUUAUUACGAAGACGACGACGACGACGAGGAGCAAGACUACCCGGCACAGCUGGUUAAGAAUCUGCAGUCGACAAAGCAGAAGGCGGAGAACUCGAUCGACGGACAAGACGAAGACGGCUCACCGGAGGCGGCAAAGAACGUCCACGACGUGCUGAAUCAGGCAGCCAAGCAGAUGAUGUCGAUGGACUAUGCAUACGACGAAAGUGGCUGGAAUGAUGAUUACUUCCUGAACGAUUACAAGCCUCGUUUCAAGCCGGGACAGUUCGAGAAUCCGUCGAUCAAUGAGCUGAUCAUGCUGGCCGCCAAACACCAAUCGAUUGCCAGAAGUAAUGAGCAGCGGUUGAAGAAACAUCAUUUUCGGACCGCUAGUAGCGAGGAGUAUCAGGAGUAAAUGAGAAAAGCGCAUAUAGAGAGACCUCCGUUUUAGGAGGAGCAUUUUUUCGGUCGAGAACGUACCUAAGUGUUUAGUGAGUGUAAAUAGUAGAUUUAAUAUUUAUUGUAAAUGCUGUUUUGAUGUGUACAUUGCUAUGUUUUAUUCUCUCCCUGGAAAGUUGCAAUAUGAAAACAAAAAUAGAUUGGUCAUUAUUUCGAUAAAAUUUUUGACAGUGAACUGUAAAUAGUAAACAAUAAGAGUGAAUGUAAAGAUUGAAUUUAUGAAAUGUUUG